UUCCGCACUAUGGUUCGGGGCUGAGCGCCGGCCGCCGGACCGCAGCUGAUGGAACGUCGCUCCCAGGACCAAGCUAAAGCCGACGAAGUCAGUGAUGGGGCCGCGCCACCUGCAGCCCAGCUAAAUGGCGAGCAGAGAGAUGCGCACGGUUCCGUUCAGGGUCCGUCCCCCUCUCGGAGGGUCCGCGUCCUUGCCAAGGCCAGAGCCGGUACAUACAGCAGCGCACCUAAGAUAUUGGAGGACAAAGUUUGGACCGACUUCUCGACUCCUGCUGGACAGUGUGUUGAAAGUUCUGAAGUUUUGAAUUUUCAAAACUGUGAAGUAAAAACAAGGUGGUCUUUGUCCGUUCCAACAUAUAAGCACAAUUUGCACUGUUCUAGGUAUGAAGACAGUCACAGCCUUAAUUCUGAGGACUCGGGUAUUCCGACACUAGAAGUUGGAAAUCCAGAACCCAUCCAUUGUGGUGUGUUAAAUGUCAGAACGAACAAUGUUGAUCCAUCCCAGUGUGCUGGAUUUUCAAAUGACAAACUUGGACAAGGUUCAGGUAGUCUCCCACCUGGUAUGUGCUCACCAGCUAUACGACUGGAAAAUGACAACGCAAUACGAAAAUCCUCCACAUUCCCUCGUUCUGGUUAUGACAAUGUGAAGCUCUACAGUCCAUCUGCUAGAGGAGUAAACAAAGCUGAUGAGAUAUCUGUAAGCAGUAUUUCAAGCCUGAGCACAGAACUCUCCACAACCCUGUCUGUUAGCAAUGAGGAUAUCUUAGAUAGUCUGGUGACCAGUGAGUCGAGUGCAAUUGUAACUCUGGAAACUGAUGAGGCGCAGUUCACUGACAUCAGUCUAAAUUCUUCCAGAGACACAUACCUGCAAGCAGACAGUUCAUCGGAACAAGAGACCAAAUACAAAAGGUUGGGUACCCUUGCCAGCUUUUUUGCCAGGAAUUUGUUUGCGAAGAAACUCAAAGAUUCCGUACCAUUAGAGCAGAAUGCUCCAAGCUGGAAAUUAUUUGGGAAAAUGCCUGCCAAGGAAAGCCCUCAUAAAGAUUCCAAGAAGAUUCAACAGGAAUAUGAAGAAGGAUCGAGGAGAGCCCAAAAGUCCCCCUCUCCUAAUCAAUGUGUAAGGAAAAAUCUAGACUUUGAACCCCUCUCCACAACAGCACUAAUUCUUGAGGACAGGCCAGCAAAUCUCCCUGCAAAACCAGCCGAAGAAGCUGAAAAGCACAGGCAGCAAUAUGCAGAGAUGGUGGCUCAAGUGAAAAAACGAGAACAAAAAGAUGCCCAGCGGCGGAGAAAGCUGUUGGAAGACAGGUGUAAACUGGAGGAAACCAUUGGUAAUGCUGUGAUGACCUGGAAUAAUGAAGUCCUACCCAACUGGGAGACUAUGUGUAAUUCUCGUAAAGUCCGUGAUCUCUGGUGGCAAGGAAUUCCUCCUAGUGUGCGAGGGAAGGUAUGGAGCUUGGCCAUUGGCAAUGAUCUAAACAUUACUCACGAGCUUUAUGAAAUUUGUUUAUCUCGAGCUAAAGACAAAUGUAGAUCUCUCAGUACAGCACACUCCGACAUAGACAAUGAAGAUCAAGGGUUAUCUGCAGCAGACAGGGAAGCCAGUUUAGAGCUCAUAAAGUUGGAUAUUUCGCGUACAUUUCCUAACCUUUGCAUUUUUCAGCAGGGAGGGCCUUAUUAUGAUAUACUACACAAUGUUCUCGGAGCAUACACCUGUUAUAGGCCUGAUGUAGGAUAUGUUCAGGGAAUGUCUUUCAUUGCUGCUGUGCUGAUUCUAAACUUGGAUACUGCAGAUGCCUUCAUUGCCUUUGCUAAUUUAUUGAACAAACCAUGUCAAAUGGCUUUUUUCCGUGUGGACCAUAGCCUUAUAUUGAAAUAUUUUGCAGCCUUUGAGGUGUUCUUUGAAGAAAACCUGCCACGGUUAUUCGCACAUUUCAAGAAAAACAACCUUACCCCAGAUAUUUAUUUAAUUGACUGGAUAUUCACUCUGUACAGUAAAUCCUUCCCUCUGGACCUUGCUUGUCGUGUCUGGGAUGUGUUCUGUCGUGAUGGGGAGGAAUUUCUUUUCCGAACUGCUCUGGGAAUCUUAAAGCUUUAUGAAGAUAUUUUGACGCAAAUGGAUUUUAUCCACAUGGCACAGUUCCUGACCAAGCUCCCUGAAGACGUGUUGUCAGAGGAUCUGUUUGGAGCCAUCGCAGCCAUUCAGAUGCAGAGCAGAAAUAAAAAGUGGGCUCAGAUACUCUCAGCAUUGCAAAAGGAUUCGAGGGAGCUGGAUAAAGGAAGUCCUGCUAUGAAGCGAUGACCUGUGUAUUUGAAUGUUUGAAGCCAUGUUGUAGUAAAUUGUGUGUUUGGUUCAAAAAAUGAAAACAAUGACUAUGUUGCAGUGAUGGGUUUCUUGCUGCGAUUUACAACAUCGUGUUGUUUGAUACGAAUGCUGGAGUAAGCCUUAAAAGAAUAUAUUUACAUAAUUUAACUUGUGGAUGCAGCCUUAAGAAUUUGCACAGCCUCAUCUCCUAUGUAUCACAUGCCAUUUGUAAAACCAGUUUUAAUCCCAGCAAUUGAAAACAAAAUAUUUAUUAUACAUCAGUAUGCCAUCAGUGCAUUCUCAGAUAUGUCCACUGUGAUUAAUAAAUCUUUCAAUUCCAGACAGUGGAAUGUUGUCACUAAAUGUGGCAGCUUGUCUUUCAGCUUUCCUUUCUUUUUGUCAUUCUAUUUUCAAUUAAGUGCAGGGAACAUCAAAUUGAAACUAUAAAUCCUGUGUUUCCACCUUGUUUCCAGUUCAUUUGACUUACAUUUAAUAGUUCGUUCCAUUCAACUUCAGUCCUGUUAUUGAAUGUUUGUUGCCCUUCCACUGCCUAAAUUACAUCUUGUUUUACAUAUAAUUACAGAAUCCUAUCCUUGCAUUUGACUUAAUUCUUCUGUACUUAAAUGGGACAACACAAUGGCUGCAUCUAUUCAUCACAAACUGUUUCGAAUCAUACCACUAUAUUUUUUCCCAUAAGCUUUCAAUUUGAAGUAGAGCUGCUGUCAUUUUGUUGCUUCCCAUGCAAAUACUGGAGACAUAAAACAAUAUGAUUUUAGCAGCAAAAAUAAAUUAUCUAUGGACAACAAAAUGUAAUACAGUUCCUACUUCAUUAUAAAAUGUUCAGAGUAACUCUGGCCUUACUACACUGCAAUUAAAAAGGUAACUAAAAGUUGUCAUAUGAAAAUGGGUUAAACACUAUUUUUACAGUAAGGAACGAUUGAUGUGUGCAAACAGAAGAUGAAGCUGUGUGGUUGUGUACUCAAAAGUGAUAUAUUUCUUGGUAAUCUUUAGCUCAGGGCAUUUUUCUCUAUGAAAUUAAAUGGCUUCAAUGUACCACCAGAAAUUUAAAAGACUAAAAUAUACACUUUCUUUUUAAUAGCUGCUUGAAUUGUAGGUGGUGAUCUCACUUGUAUCUUUUGUGACCUUAUACUAGCACUUUCAUAACAACCUCUUGGAAAAAUCAGAAUAUCGCAUAGAAGUUGGGAAUUUUGGAGUUUGGUUACAAUCAAGGUGACACGUGCUCGUACACGUGUGGCCAUUUGUCACAUUAAGCUUAACCCCUGGGUAACUAUUCUACCAUUGCGGCAUCUCAACCAUUCAGUCCCAAACCAAUUUUUGCAUCUCUGUUCUCAAUAGGGGUUAUUUGGAGCACUAACAAUUUUUGUCUAUGUACUUUGUUUCAGUACCUAGCAGUCCAGCACCAGCAUACAGAGAGAGCUGAUUUCAGCAUAAGCCAUUGUUUCAAUGUGCAACUUUGGAGUCUGUUAACAAACACUGAGGUUCUUCAGACAGUGAGAUAUUUCAAUAAGAUAAAAUAAUCUUGUGCCGUUCUGAAUUCAACCUAGAUUGUUUUGAGCCAUUGAUACUGGAAUUUCUUACUAUUGCUGCAUGUUGGAGCAAGAUACUGAAUUGUUGAUGUGCAAUUUGUUUCACGACAGUUGCUGAUUAGCACAGUCUGGUAACGAUGUGACUUGAUAGAGCUAGCACCAAACAUUUAAAAUGGAUUUUAUUUCAAGUUGUUGGGUUAACUUGCUUUUAGGAUUAUAUGGUUAAUUUGUAAAACAGUUCCAAUUGCAUUCCCAUUUAACCUCAAACUCGGUUUUAUGAUCAGUUUGUUUUUUUUUCAUAUAUUGAACUUAAUUACAUUUCUGAAGGAAGAAAACCUUGAGUUUAAUGAGCGCAGAUGCAAUAACUUGCAGGACCAGAUGUUUUAACGAGUGAACAAACUUUUCUUCAGGAUAGGGACUGCCCAUGGUAUCAAAAUCUAAUUUGUAGACUGUAUGAUCAUCACUGUGCAUGCUUCUAAGUGGAUUGAUGUACUGUAUAAUAUUCCUUUAAUCAUCAGUAGUAGGAUAGAAUCUCAGUCCCAUCUAGUAUGAAUUAUCAUUUAAAUUUGGGAGUAAUGCACAUCACUUAAUAAUUUGAAAGGCAAUUUGAAUUUAGCAAAAUAUUCCAUAUUUUACCAACUUAAAAUACAACUGAAACAAAAGGAAGCAUGUAACCUUACAAUAGCUGGGAAUGCAUUUUAUUCUGGGACCGUGCAAAAUAAACAGUUAUGUUAAUAUCUGUGCAUUUGUGUUCUUGAAAAAAACAACUCUGGCCAGUGUUGACCACUUUACAAGAUCACUAUCUCAAUGGAUUUUGCAAAAAUGAACUAUAACUCAGCCCAGUCAUUUGCUGUUGACUGCUUUUGGAGAUCCAAAUAUCAUACUGAGGCUCUAUUAGCAGAGUGAUCUGUUUGCACUUGUGUAUAAUAUCUGUAAUUGGUACUUGUCAACUUUGUCUUCAGUUCUGUGUGUUGUACUCCAUCAUAUAGCGCUUUUUUUUGUAGAUGUUCAUCAUGCAGUGAAGAUUUAUUUUAGUAGUAUGAAUUAAAUGCUGCAAUAAUUGAAUAUUUGCACAGUUUUGAAAGAAUUCAUUGUGAAAUAUACUCUUCUGGGGUGUAGUAAUUGAAGUGAGGAUUCUUUCUUGAAUUUGAUAAGGUUUGAAGCACUUAGUGACAAACAAUGCAAUUAAUAUGUAUAUAUGUCUCAAUUUAGCUAUUAUUUCAUUGUACAGAUUUUAAUGUUUAACAAUUGUCUGUUUUGACAGAUCAUUUCAUUGUGACUGAAGUGUGAUUUAUUAUUUUGUUACUGGAUCUUGGCACUGGAAGUUAUUUUUCUCACAUUUUAAAUGUUCUUAAUUGUACACCCUGUGGCAUAUUAUUGACACCAUUUCAACUCUGUGAAGUGGUGUUUUAAAAAGCACGGCCGCCAUUUUAAUAAUGAUACACGCCCUAUUAAUGUUUAGUUUACUUUUAUCCUGGGCAUAAGUGAUUUAAACUGAAUGAGGUUACCAGAUUAUGAAAGAAAUUAUACUGAUGCAGAACAUUGGAUUUUCCUCCAAAUGUAAAUAAGUUGUUUUCCUAAAUAAAAAUGGAUUUAGAGAAAUGUUUUGUCUUGUUUAUUAAUAGUCCUGAUGCUCUUCAGUUGUGAUUAAAUUCUGGAAACAUUUUAAACCAACUACAAGUGACUUCAACACUGAGUAUGUCUUUCUAAAUAUCAAUGGUUGACAUCAAAUGUUUUGGUCAUGGGUUAAAGGAGAAUUUGCCCAUUUUGACAUUGAAGAAGAUGCCGUGAAAUCAGAGUGAAGUUUAUUCACAGUACAUUUUUACCUCCUGUUGUGAUGAAUCAUGAUUGGAUUUGUAUUGAACUACCUGCUGCAGCAUGUAGUCAUAGAUUCUUAUCAGCACAGAAACAGAACCUUUGGCCCAACUUAAUGUUAGAUGGUAGCACGAUAUUAAUAUGCAGCAGCCUCUCCGGACUCUGGGGAUUGCCAAAAGUUAUGUGGAUUUUCUGGUGUAGUCUGUUUUGUCAUAUGCUUUUGUGAUAUAAUUCUGGAGGA